AUGGGUGGCGGUGGAAGCAUACCGCGGAAAAAAGCAACCAGCGCCAGGCAAGUUUCCACGGACCGCAGUGUUCGGCGACUUCAAACGAAGCGACGUGUUGGUGAACCUCGCUUUAAUGGAAUUGGAUAUGUUACCAUCCCAUUAUGUAUUCAGGAGGAUUUACCACCGCCACCGGAAGACGACGACGCGCCGGACGAUUCAACGAGAAAAUUCGCGUGGUUUGUAGAGGAUCUUGACAUGCCCGGUGAAUGGGAACUGUACCCACCUGAUGCCUGUGAGAGGCUCGAUGAGGCCCGGCGCUCCAAUAUGACGGAAUGUCUCGUUGUCGUGAAAAAACGUAUGUGUACCGUCAAUUUGGUUAAAAUGGAGCACUUGUGUGCAGGAAGUAAUGCCCGCCCGCGUCAAGUCAAGCGAGUGGAGGUUGAAGUAUCCAACGGCACUACAACGUACCAGGAAAAGCGUAAGGUGCCCAAUGAUCCCUUUGCGGAAGACUCGCCACGUGAAACACCCUCACCCAUGGAAUUGUUCGAAUCUGAAGAGAAUGCCGUCCACGAUGUAGGGAGUGCCACCACCACCAAGGCAGAACCAGAGAAGGUACCGAACCUGGUGCGUUCUAUUUUAACAGAAAAGACAACUUCGUAUGCCAUGUCUCUCACCAGCAAUGGUACAACGGUGUUUUCUGGCACGAAGGCACAAAUGUUGCGGUGGGAUCUGAAAACGGCCGAGGUUACUGCAGAAUUCGAUGUACAAGAUAGUGUUGUCUUAUCUAAUGCGCUUUCGCACGACGAAAGGCACGUGGUGGCUGGGCGCUCCGACUGUACAGCGUCAAUGCACAGCGUUGACGGAUCCACGAGUUGCGUAUUCUCCGGGCACCAACGAAAAGUGUAUGGUGUGGACUUUCUUUUAGGCGAUGACCGUGUCGCGACGGCGUCUAUGGACUGUACGGUCCGUAUAUGGGAUGCAUCUACCAGCACAUGCGUACAAACCAUUGGGUGUAGCGCCGCCUCCGUGUUUACGGUUGUGACAUCUGAUCUAAACAACCACUUCGCCCUUUCUGCGGGGGAUGAUAACAUAAUUUACGCUCAUGAUCUCCGCAGCGGCGGCGACUGUGUCAUAGAUCGGUUCAUUGAUCAUGCAUCUACUGUGUGGUGCUGCGCCCUCCGUAAUGAUGAGCAAGUAUUCGCUUCCUGCGGGAUAGACGGUGUCAUACGUGUUUGGGACAUUAGGAACUCAUCAUCUCCAACGCUGCUGCUGCGGCACCACGAAAAACCAGUUCAUAUGGUUAAGUUUACUCCCAGAGGUCGAGCUAUACUUUCAUGUGGACGGGAUGAUAACAUGCGACUCACAGAUGCCAUGACUGGAGAGCCGCUUUGGCGAGCCGUGGCGCACCGAAGGUUUGUUUAUCGCAUUGCCUUUAGCAAGGAAAAGAAAUUUAUUUUGUCCUCUGGUGGUGAUCACCGGGUAAAUGUAUGGAAUUAUGAUUACAUUGACAGAAUGUAA